AUGAAGUGGGAGGCCUGCAAGAUACCAGUAUUGUGGUGCAUAUUCGUCCAUACUGUGGGGGUCACCCAACGGCCCAUCACCCCUCCUCACCAUCCCUCCAUCACCCCAGCUAAGGCCCCCAACUCCACCCACCCAUGUCGCAGUGUUGUCGCACCACAUCAAUCGACAUCAGUUCAACAUCUGCAACAUGUUCAGGGCUGCACACAUUGGGGUGAUGGCAGGCACCGUUUUCGGAGUCAGUCACAUUGUGUCCUUUGUUCUUCGACGUGA